UCAAUAUUUUAAUAUCGGUGCCGUUGUUAAUUUAUUCUUUAGUGUGUCAAAUGCACUUUGCUGUGUUGUGGUUCACUCCAAUUUCUCUCCCUUUUUUGUAAGUUUUGUUAAUUAACUUUGCAAUUCGUGAGAAAUCUUCAAUAAAUUUUCUGUAGUAUCCGGCUAAUCCAAUGAAUGAUUGCACGUCUUUUAUUUUUUAGGCGUAGGAAAGUUUUUUACGACGUGCAAUUUUGAUGGAUCUGGCGAAAUUCCAUUUUCAGUAAUUAUAUGUUAAAUAGACUACUUCUUUUUGUAAGAAUUCGCACUUGUCUGGUUGGAGUUUUAGAUUGUUCUCUCUUAGUCUUUGAAGAACUAAUUUUAAUCUUUUGUUAGUGUCGGUCCACAAUCUUGCUUUAAGACUAACCCGUUGUCUUUAAACGGAAGUUGUAGAGCCGUAAACCGUAGUCGUUAAAUAACUCUUUAAAGACGGUAAUCCACAAUGCAAGAUGUAAAGCGUAAGAUGUAAUGUAUAUCAGCCAAUCAGAAAACAAAUAAUGGAGUUGCGCUGUAGCAAAGACGCGUUUGUUUAUACAUGGCGAGAUGGAUAUGCGUAAUACUUUUAUUUAUGUUAACAACAUUAACAACAUUGUUUUGUUUGUGGAAUAUGCACUUGUUGCAAAUAUAUAUAAAAAAACAAAAAAGAAAAUAUCAAAAUCGACGAUGGUGGGUGCGUCCAUGUAAUCGACGCCGCUAUAUCGAGGGCUCUUUUACAGUAGUGUUCUUGAAAUAUAAAUAUACAGACCACGAAAAGUUUUUCAACCUGACAAGAUUGACAGUCGAUUUAUUUGACGAAUUACUAGAAAUAGUUGGUCCACAUCUACAAAAGGCCAGUUACAGAGAAUUUUUAUCCCUGGAAUUUCGGCUAGCAUUCACUAUUUGCUAUCUAGCCUCAGAAAAUAGCUUGCCUUCUUUGGCUAAUUAUUGGCAAAUUGGAAAGUCUACUGCCUACAACAUUGUGCAGGAAACUUGUCGCGUUAUUUCUAAUACUAUAGGUGCAACCUAUCUCUUGCCCCCAAAUCAGCAAGAAUACAGAGAAAUUGCUGAUAAGUUUUGGCAGCGAUGGAAUUUGCCCAACUGCAUCGGAGCCCUUGAUGGCAAACAUAUAAGAAUUCAAUGUCCAGCAAAUACUGGAUCUCAAUUUUUCAACUAUAAACAGUAUUUUAGUAUAGUGCUAAUGGCAACUUGUGAUGCAAAUUACUGCUUUACAUCAAUCCAUAUUGGAGAUUAUGGAUCGCUUUCUGAUAGCAGUGUGUUCAGUGCUACAGAAUUUGGUCAAGCUGUGGAAAAUGAUACACUGAAUAUACCGCCGCCAUCCCCUUUGCCCGGCACAAAUAUUAUGAUACCUUAUUAUUUUGUAGGGGAUGAGAUAUUCCCUUUACAUCACAAUUUGAUGCGCCCAUACUCUAAAUGA